AUGACAGAUACAAUGGAGUUGGUCGAUAGAUCCAAUUCCAAUGGAGCGGUACCAAUCAAACAAGUGAGGACGGAGCUAGCCACCACGGAAUCCGAGUCGCAAACACAGCUACGUCGUCGCAAGGAAGCCAAUAGAGAAUAUGGCAGAGGAGGAAAAAUUCCUAUACACUCGAUCAAGGACAAAAAGCUGAGGGCAAAUCUCAAAAAACUUGAGGCUCGAAAUAAAACCGCGAUACUUAGAGCAAAGGACGCCGAGAUCCUGCUUGAAAAUGAAGAAGGAUUUUUAGAACCCGAGAAUGAAUUGGAACGAACAUACAAAGUGCGACAGGAUGAAAUCAAACAGAGUGUACCUCUCGAGACAGCAAAAAAAGGGUUUGAACUUAAACUGGAUCAAUUAGGACCCUAUGUGUGCGACUAUACAAGGAAUGGCAAGGACCUCCUAUUGGCUGGCAGAAAAGGCCAUGUUGCAACAAUGGACUGGAGAGAAGGAAAGUUGGGCUGUGAACUACAACUUGGAGAGACUGUGAGGGAUGCAAAAUGGCUGCACAAUAAUCAGCUAUUUGCUGUGGCCCAAAAGAAAUACGUUUAUAUAUAUGAUUCGGCAGGAGUGGAAGUGCACUGUUUGAAGAAGCACAUCGAGGUUACGAACAUGGAAUUUCUUCCUUACCACUAUCUUUUGGCUACUGUGGGCAAUGCGGGACACUUAAAAUACCAAGAUAUCUCCACAGGUCAACUGGUAAUGGAAAUGCCUACGAAAUUAGGAUCGCCAACCUCUCUUACGCAAAACCCUCGAAAUGCCAUCCUUCAUAUGGGCCAUCAAAAUGGAACAGUCACAUUAUGGUCACCUAAUUCCACUACACCAUUGGUCAAGCUGUUGGCACAUCGUGGUCCAGUACGAUCCUUGGCUGUAGAUAGAGAAGGUAGAUAUAUGGUAUCUACUGGCCAAGACAUGAAGAUGUCUGUUUGGGAUGUUCGAAUGUUCAAGGAAGUCAAUAGCUAUUUCACACGACAGCCAGCUUCAUCAGUCGCUAUAUCCGAUAGAGGGCUGACAGCUGUCGGGUGGGGCACCCAAGUUUCAAUAUGGCGAGGUCUUUUCUCCAAAAGUUCUCUAGAACAGGAGAAGAUACAAAGCCCAUACAUGGCAUGGGGUGGUGAGGGGAAGCGAAUUGAGCGUGUCCGUUGGUGUCCAUUUGAGGAUGUGUUGGGAACUUCGCACGAUUCCGGCUUCUCGUCGAUAUUAGUUCCAGGUGCUGGAGAAGCUAACUUUGAUGCUCUGGAAGUCAAUCCAUUCGAGACCACCAAGCAACGACAAGAAGCUGAAGUUAAGACGUUACUCAACAAGCUCCAACCUGAAAUGAUCUCACUAGACCCUAACUAUAUUGGUAAUCUCGACCUAAGAUCGGAUGAGCAAAGAAAGGCCGAGAAAGAUCUGGACAAAAAGCCAGAAGAUCCGAUGGCGAAAAUCAAGAAUAAGGGCAGAGGAAAGAACAGUAGCUUAAGGAAGUAUCUAAGAAAGAAGAGCUCCAGAGGUAUAAUUGAUGAUCAGAGGGAUAAAAUUGAAGAUUUGAGAAAGAGUCAGAUGCAAAGGGAGAAGAAUAGGCUAAAAACAACUGAGGAGGAACUUGGUCCAGCUCUUGGUCGUUUCGCGAAGAAAAGUGCUUAG